GAUUCCUCUCUUCUCUCUCCGACAACUAUACUCUCACCAUGUCGGGGGAUAAGGACAUCGUGGCCCACGAGGUCGGCCUGGAUUCAGGCGCGCAAGAUGAUCGCGAUAUGGAGCGCCUGGGCAAAGUCCAGCAGUUCAAGAGAAACUUCAAAUUCUACUCGAUCCUCGGUUUCACCACCACGUUAAUGGCGUCGUGGGAGUCGAUCCUGCUCACGAGUACCUAUGGCCUUACGGACGGUGGCCGCGCCGGCAUGGUUUACGUUUAUAUCGCUUCGUUCGUGGGAUUUUUCGCCUCGGUCGUGUCAAUGGCGGAGAUUUCCUCCAUUUCGCCGACGAGCGGCGGCCAAUAUCACUGGGUUAGCGAAUUUGCUGCUCCCCGUUACCAGCGUUUCUUGAGCUAUUUGACCGGAUGGCUCUCCGUAUUGGGUUGGCAAGCCGCCUUCGCCAGUAUUUGCUUCCUCUGCGGUACCCUGAUCCAGGGCCUGCUCGUCUUUAACUAUUCCGGUGACACGGGCUACGUGUAUGUCUUCGAACGCUGGCACGGCACGCUGCUGACGAUCGCUAUCGCGGCCGUCGGAACUCUGGUCAACACUUACGGCGCCAAAAUUUUGCCCCCUCUGGAAGGCGUCAUCCUGGGCCUUCACAUCGGCGGUUUCAUUGCGGUGAUGGCCGCCAUUUGGGCGAUGUCGACCGGCCAGGCAUCCGGAUAUACCGUGUGGCAGGAAUUCACCAACUCUGGCGGCUGGUCAAGCAUGGGUCUGGCCUGUCUGGUGGGCCAAUUGACUCCCAUCUUCUCUUGGACGGGCCCCGAUGCCGCUACCCACAUGGCCGAGGAAGUGCAAAAUGCUGCAUUGAUCGUGCCGUGGUGCAUGGUUUCGACCGCGUUGAUCAACGGCGGUCUGGGAUUCAUCAUACUGAUCACCCUUCUCUACAACAUGGGCAGCCUCGAGGACGCUCUGACCGCCGCGAGUGGCUUCUCUUUCAUCCCGGCCGUCCACCAUGCCACGGGCUCCGUGGCCGCUACCAACGGCGUGGCCGCAAUCAUCCUCGUCAUGGAGGUCUGCAGUGCCAUCGGUAUUCUGGCUACAGCCUCCCGGCAGACCUUUGCUUUUGCUCGUGACAACGCGCUGCCCUUCUCUGGCGCCUUGGCUCAUGUCAACAAGCGUACUCAGAUCCCCAUCAUCUCUGUGCUGGUCUCGACCAUCAUCACCGUUCUGCUGAGCUUGAUCAAUAUCGGCUCCACCGCAGCUUUCAACGCGGUCGCUUCAGUGAUGAUUGCCGCUCUUUUCACCACUUAUAUCUUGUCGAUCGCCGCAUUCAUUCGAGCUCGAUUCCAACCCGGUGGGAUUCCCCCGUCCCGCUUCUCGCUCGGCAAGCUCGGACUGCCCAUCAACGUUUUCUCGGUCGCAUAUCUCCUCUUUGCUAUCACUUUCACCUUCUUCCCUACCGCCAACAACCCGACACCCGUGAAUAUGAAUUGGUCCAUACUGGUCUUCGGUGUUGUGGUGAUCUUUGCCGUUAUCCAAUACCUCGUCCACGGUCGCCGGAUUUACCAAGCUCCCGUCAGCCAGGUCAGGAAGGACGAGUAA